CAUUCCUUUUCCAACAAUCUGCAUUGAUGAAUGGCAAAGUCGUGGUGGUCCUCUUUGUGGAAACUGAUAUCUUGGCUCUCUAGUCUUAUGUCUUCGUUAUUGGAUAAAAAUGGAGUUUCUGUAAUAUUUGCUGCAGUUGCUGCUGUGGCUUUGCUUGUUUCUCUUCGUAAUAGAAAACGUCGAAAUAAUCCAACGACAACUUCUUCUUCAAGUAGACCAGUUCAUGUAACGGAAUCUUCUUGUAUUGAAUAUGGAGGAAAUAAAUCUUCCAGUGAUAGUGUUCCAACUGGUCCUUUUGCAACUAUGGCUAGAGGCACAAGUUCUUGGAAACUGAAAAAUGUCUUUCGUGGUGUAUCAAGAAUAACUUUAGGAACGGACCUAGAGAAGAGUUGUUUGUUUCGACGAGUUUCUAGUUCAGUCAAAGAACAACUGCAAGUGGAUCCUGAUAAGUUAUCAGGGUUUUUACAACUCAUAUCUCUCUUUGAAGUUUUUUUGAUUAUAAGAGUAAGUAGUGAUGAGGAAGAAGUAAGUUGUAGAAACGCACUUGAAGUGACUGGAACCUUUCAAUCUGGUUUGCAUCCAGCAAAGGUAUUAUUUUGUGAAACUUUACAAGGAACUACAGCCAUUGUGAGGCAAUUGGAACCUCAAAUGCAUAUCGAUAGCAAUCCUUCUGUUAUUGUUGACUUGGAGCGUUUUAUUCAACGUCUUGUAUAUAUUGGUUCGGGUGGUUUCUGUUCUAGAAUGAACAAACCCAUCGUCUUAUUGGAACAACUUGCGGAUAUUUUCCAAUAGAAGACGUUAUUUUCUAUGACAAAGACGAGAGCACAUAGACCCUUGUGAAAAUAUAGAAAAGACUGCUAAUAUCACUUUUGUCAAGUUUCAUAUAAAGAAGAAGACUAUAACAACUUUUGCCAGUCAGAA